AUGGUGGAGUCAAAUGACAAGACAUCAUCAGAGUCUGACGGAAACGAAAAGACCAGUAGCAGUAGCAACCGCAGCAGUACAAGCAGCAGCAACAGCCACAAUGACAAUGUUGGCGUCGGUGGCGGUAGCGGCGGUAGUGAUCAACCACCCCACAAUGAGAAGGAGGGUAUCAUUCACAAAGACGAACUCAUUGAGAUCGACAUAGACAACAAUAACAACAAUGACAAUAACAAUAACAAUAACAACAACAACAAUAACAAUGAAUCAAAUGGAAUACAAAUGGAUGUUAUUGACAAUAAUGAAAAGAAACAAAAGAGAUUGUCAAUGGAUACAUUGGAAAAGGCACUGCCUAGCACGGCAGCACACAGCGCUCAGACAUUCCAGGCUUUCGACCAGAGGGACGCCCGUCAUGGCGCCUAUCCAAAGUUGUCGAUCGACAUGUUCAACACGUCAAAGGAGAUCCCGCAGUACUACCACGAGAUCAAGCAUCAGCUCGAAAAGAAGAUUCAGCUGACACAGGGCGCAGGCAGUGGCGGUCUCUCCUCCACCACCACCGUGCAGCGUGGCGAGUUCCUCGAGAUCCCUCUCAAGGCCAUGAACGCCAUCACCAUGCCCACCCAGAUGCCCAAAGGCGCGCAUCCCGACGCCCGUAUGGCCAUCCCCUCGUUCGAGCCACUCAAGCAGCACGACGACCACUCCACUGGCGCGUCCGAGAUCAAACCCACACCAGUGGCAGCCGCUGCCAUCAUCACCCCAACCCCAGCAUCGCCCCAGGGUGGCGUUCAGCCCGAGACACAUGGACUCAGCGCAAAGGACAAGACCAAGGCCAAGCAAAAGGCCUCCGAGUACGAUGUCAGCGAGCAUGAGCUCACCUUUGAGCAAAUCAUGGACAAGUAUCACACUCACAUCAAUGUCCAAGAUCCACAACAGAGUCAGGGUAUAUCAAAUGAAUCUGCAAAGGUAUUGUUGGAGAAGUAUGGAAGGAACGUUCUGAAACCACCCAAGGAGAGUCCAUGGUACUUGAAGCUGUUGCUCUGCUUCACCAACUUCUUUAUGAUCCUGCUGGAAUCGGCUGGAGUACUUUGUUUCAUCGCCUAUGCCCUGGACACCAAACAGAAGAUCAAUCUCUACCUCGGCUGUGUGCUCUGGGCCAUCGUCAUCUUCACCUCACUGCUCACGUUUGCCCAAGAGUGGCAGAGCAGCAACAUUAUGAACUCUUUCAAGAACCUGUUGCCCCAGGCGUGCCGUGUGGUGCGUGAGGGCGUGGAGACCAAGAUCCCCGUCGAGACCGUCGUCAUUGGAGACAUUGUCGUCGUGGCGGCUGGAGACAAGAUCCCCGCCGACAUCCGUGUGAUCACCUGCAAUGGAAUGAAGGUGGACAACUCAUCACUCACUGGUGAGAGCGAGCCACAGUCUUGCACUGUGACCUGUACCGACGAGAACCCGCUCGAGACACACAACCUGGCGUUCUAUGGAACUCUGGUGAUGGAUGGAUCCGCUCGUGGCGUUGUCAUCCGCACUGGUGCCAACACACUCAUUGGCAAGAUUGCCGAUCUCGCCUCCAACACCGUCCAAACUGAGACCACCCUGCAGAAGGAGACCAAGCGUUUCGUCCGCUUCAUCUCUGGCCUCGGAAUUUCAAUGGGUGUCAUCUUCCUGAUUGUUGGUUUCAUCGUUGGAAUCCCAGCCAUCCCCAACCUCAUCAAUGUGCUCGGCCUGAUUGUCGCAAACGUGCCCGAGGGUCUGCCAUCGACCAUUACCGCCUGUCUCACUGUGACUGCCCGUCGUCUCAGCCGUCGUAACGUCUACGCCAAGAAGCUCGAGUCAAUUGAGACUCUCGGAUCUAUCACCCUGAUUGCCUCGGACAAGACCGGCACUCUCACUCAGAACCGUAUGACUGUCAGCCACAUGUGGUACGACAACGCCAUCGUCAAGGCCAUCAACGACGGCAUGACCGUCGGCAGAGCCAUGUUUAACGAAAAGGACGCGACCUGUGAGACUCUUUUGCGAAUUGGAGCCUGCUGCAACAGAGCUGACUUUGACAAGGGUGCCGAGGGCAACAUGGAGAAGCCAAUCGACCAGCGUCUGAUCCUUGGAGACGCCUCCGAGUCGGCCAUCGUGCGUCUCGUGCACAAGAUGGAGAACAUUGAAGUCACACGUGCCAACAACCCCAAGAUCUUUGAGAUCCCAUUCAACUCGACCAACAAGUGGCAGCUGUCUAUUCAUCGUCGCAGCUCCGACCCCAACGACACAUCCACACGUGUGCUGAUGAUGAAGGGAGCACCCGAGAUCAUCUUUUCCAAGUGCACAAAGAUCAUGAUGGGUGGCAAGGACGUUCCCAUCACCGAGAAGAUCAGCGAGGACUUCCAGCGCGCCUACGAGGACCUAGGCAGCAUGGGCGAGCGUUGUCUCGGCUUUGCUCAGAUCGUGCUCGACGAGAGUAUCUAUGGACCAAUGCACGACAACCUCUACGACGCACAGACACUCAACUUCCCAAUCAGUCAGCUGACAUUUGUUGGACUUUGCUCACUGCUCGAUCCACCCCGUGAGAAUGUGCCACACGCCGUGCACCAGUGCAAGACCGCCGGUAUCAAGGUUAUCAUGGUCACUGGAGAUCAUCCAAUCACUGCCAAGGCCAUCGCCAAGAAGGUGGGCAUCAUCUCAACCCCCACCGCCGAAGACAUUGCCGCUGCCAAGUGCAUACCACUGUCCGAGGUCGACGACUCUGAGGUCAAGUCGGUCGUGUUGCACGGCAACCAAAUCAGAGAGCUUACCGACGCCGACUGGGACCGCGUGUUGUCCAAGAGCGAGAUCGUGUUUGCCCGUACAUCGCCACAACAAAAGUCACAGAUCGUCGAGCAGGCUCAGAAGCGCAAGGAGGUAGUGGCCGUCACUGGUGACGGUGUCAACGAUUCACCCGCUCUCAAGAAGGCCGACAUUGGUGUGGCCAUGGGUAUCGUAGGUAGUGACGUUGCCAAGGAGACCGCCGAUAUUAUCCUUCUGGACGACAACUUUGCCAGUAUCGUUGCCGGUGUCGAGGAGGGAAGAAUCAUCUUUGAUAACCUCAAGAAAUCCAUCGCCUACACACUGACUCACGCCUUCCCAGAGGUUGCUCCAUUCGUCCUCUACCUUGUUCUCGGUAUCCCUCUGGCGCUCACAUCCUUCCUGGUUCUGUGUAUCGAUCUUGGUACCGAGCUGGCCCCAGCCAUUUCCCUCGCCUACGAAAAGGGAGAGAGUGACAUUAUGACCCGUAAGCCACGUGUCCUUGGUGUGGACCAUCUGGUGACCAAAAACCUCCUCUCCUACUCAUAUCUGCAGGCUGGCCCAAUCGAAGCCAUCGCCUGUUUGAUGAACUUCUUCCUGGUGCUCAACUCGUACGGCUUCCCACCCUACAGUUUGAUCGGCUCCGCUACCAACCAUUUCUCUGAUGAUGAAUUGGUCUGCAAGACACUCUUUGGUCACAGUUGUUCUUAUCAAAUGGAGGCCCUGAAAGAGGCCCAGACCGCCUACUUCAUGACGCUCGUCAUGUGCCAGUUCUUCAACCUCAUCACAAACAAGACACGUGUAAUGCCCAUCUGGAGACAUGGUAUGAGCAACAUGUACGUCAACGGUGGUCUGAUCAUCGAGGCUGGAAUCCUUUGUUUCAUCAUCUACGCACCAUUUGUGCCAGGCAUCAUCCAAUCCAAGGCUGUCAGUGGAAUCUACUGGGCUUUCCCAUUGCCAAUGAUCUUCCUCCUCUUUGCCUACAACGAACUUAGGAAGCACGUUGCUUUCAGAAUGGACUUGGACGUGUCAGCGAAUCUAAAGUUCUAG